AUGUCUGAUGACUCCAGCAGUGAGGAGGAGUGGUGUCUACCAACAGGGAAGGUCUCUGAGACUAAAUGUUGGGAGUGUGGAAAACCAUUCGGCAACUUAAGGAACCUGAUGAAGCACUAUAAAAGUCACAACAUCAAUGCCACAUGCCACAUCUGCAAGGUAACAUUCCGUCGCCUGACAUCACUCAACACGCACUUGGAUAAUGUACACUCGCCACCCUUCUGUCUUGUGUGUUACCAGUCAUUCAGUAACGUGUUGGAGCUGAACAAGCAUGCAGAAUCACACUGCAAAAACUCUGUGUUGUUUGAAAGCAAUUCAUCUUUAAAAAACAGGAGGCAGAAAAAUGGCAGCUUUUCUAAGGAGGUGUCACCACAGCAAAGCACAGCUUCGUUCCAUCAUGACUCUGCAUCGGAUCUGAAGCUUCACGAAGGAAUCGGAAUGGAGUUGGAAAGGCCGGGGAGGUCAGUGAGCAGCAUGGAUUAUGUCCUGAGUGAGGAUGAUGACGACAUGGAAACUGAGAGUUCAAGUAGCUCUUCAUCGGAAGGGACUGCAUCAAACCUAAGUUCAACGGAUACUAGCGACUCUUCCAGCACAUCAGACUCAGAGGACAGCCCUACUACCCACCCCUCCAUUAACUCUGAAAUGUGUGAAAAAUGUGUUGUAGUGCAACAGGCCAUUAAUGGAAAGCUUCUAGUGGAUCAAAACUCUGUUGCCUCGCAGCCAUUUAUUGUGAACUCGAGCUCUCCCUCUGGCUCAGAGAUCCCUCCUACCCCAACAACCUCUGUGUCUUCUUCUACCUCUGUAAAGCAGCCGUCAAGUCAUCCUUCUGAGCGUUCAUCGGCCUCUCCCGCUGCAAGUGACCCUGGCGCUUCAGCACCCACCAUUCUGGCCUUGUUUGAGAAUAUCAGUCCGUAUGUGGCUUUGAUGAAGCGUUUGAACACAAAAUGGCGCUCAAAGGCCCCUUGCCCCUGCAGGCAGUGUGGCGCCAUCCUUAGACAACCCUCCCUCAUUAUCAGCCACCGGUACCGCCACAGGGGCCACCGCCCACAUCGGUGCCAGUGCGGCCGUGCUUUUAAGCACCGACUGCACCUGCUGCGCCACUGCAUGCAGCAUGCAGAGGCCACCAGCUACAUCUGUGUCGGCUGCGGGGACACUUUCACAGGGGCAGAAGUCUUAGCACAGCACCUAAAGGGCAUGUCCAGGAAAAGAUCCCGUUCUGGAAGAAUUAUUAAAACCAACGAUAAAGAGAGGGUUAUUCUCCACAGCGGGCAUGUUCCACUUAGUGCUCCGCUGGCUGUGAGCAUCGUUCACCUAAUCUCGGGGCUGCGGUGGCGCAGGACCUCAGACAGCAGCUCAGACGUCUGCUGGAAGCAGCGGCUCAGCUCGUCCAGCUUCUGCUCCAUGGACAGAAUCCGCUGCUCCAGCUCCCGAUACACAUGCAAGAUACAUAAGCCAACCCCCGGUGAAGGCAUCGACUCACACUCUGAUGGCUUCCAGAAGGCACCUCUGGUGUCGCCGGUGCUCGCCGCGGUUGCCCUUUGUCAGAUAGCCCAGAAGGAUGCACGCACACUCGCACAAAUCAACAAGAGCUGCAAGCAAAGUGCAAAGAUGCACCUAGAGACAGGAUGCAGCCACCAGGAGAAAGGAAAUGGUUGUAUCCUCCAAAAGUGCAGCUACUGCGGUAAGUUUGGCGAGGAGCUGUGGAGCCGCUCACAAAACACUAGAGGUACUCCUCCCUGGGCUCAAAUCACACAAAGUGAUGGGCUGCAAACAAAGCUGUCAGCCCCUAAACUCAGCUGCACACCGGGUGUAGCCGCAGUGCUGACCACAGAGCCUGUCCGUCGUAUUGCAGGUACGGCCAAACAGCCUGCAGAGGAUCGUGCUGACAUUUCGGUGGCUCACACAGAGGAGAACGCUGCAAAGCAGCGGAUGAAGACUACGCCAGAAGAGGCGCUCAGCAGCACUUUGCUGUGCAGCAGGAUGGCUCUGUGCACCAAGUACAGACGGAGAAACAUCAGCAUCGAUAGCAGCAGCUCCAUGUCCAACAGGGCCUUUCCGUGUACAUCUGUAUUUGCCUCCACCAUGACAGGGGCCAAAGUCGAGACAUCGUCUCCCUCCAUAUGGGUCGCCCGCUUCCCGGGGAGUGACAGUGGCACUGAAACCUCAGCGGAGUCUCCGCAGUUUCGCCUGGUCAGGCCAUCGCAGUUGGCGCAGUCCGCUUUGGAGUCCGCGCGCUGGCUGUGGCUCGUCAUCUCCAUCUCCAGAGCGCACACGAGCCGUCCGCCCUCCCCUCUCUCCCUGUCACGGAGCUCCGCCGCUCCGUCGUCUGCCUGCCCGCUGUUCCCUGUGAUGUCUUCCCAAACGGGGGAAGGCAUAGUGCGAUGA